GAUCAGACUGGUGCAAAUUCAUCUCAUGCAUUCAUCUCUGAUUCAUAUAGCGUCUAGCUCGACGUCCCGACACGCCGACCGAGAGCUGCAGCCGCCGCGCUUUAAUAUCCUUUGAACUGAGAGCGGACUCUCAUUAAAGACGACCGAGCGCCGCUGGGAAGGUUUAUUGGGGUUUGAUCAGCGCUAUGGCGGAGGUGCCAGGUACAUCGAGUGAGACGAUAACGGAGACCGUUCAGACGGGCACGCCGCCUCCACCCCAGCAGGAGGGCAGAAGCCUGACCAUCAAGCUCAGGAAAAGGAAGACGGAGAAGAAAGUGGAGUGGUCCAGUGACACGGUGGACAACGAGCAUCUGGGCCGGAGGUCUUCAAAGUGCUGCUGUGUUUAUGAGAAGCCUCGACAGUUCGGCGAGUCUUCCUCGGAAAGCGAGGGGGACGACGAGGAGGGCUGCGGAAGCGCGCACUGCAUUCUGGGACAUGGGAGAAGAGGCCACGGACAGAGGGAGGGUGGAGGGAGCACGACGCCCCCUAGCUCCGGGGGAAAGAACCCUCACUAGAGCUUGACACGAGCGGGAGGGAAGGGUAACGGACGGCGUGGGCACUACAUUCAUAAUCCCUCAUCCUCACUCACAUCCGAUUACAUCACGCCAUCACUGGGUGUCAAAAGCUUUUUGAUGAAUGAAAGCUUGUAGAGCAAUGCAACGUGAUUCGUUUUCUCCUCGGUCAUUUGCGUAAUGACCCAAAAGAGGGAUAAACCCUUUUUUUUUUUUUUUUUUUUUUUGCGAUCUGAAUGCUGCGGAAAAUUGAUGUUUGUUGUACAUAGGACAUUGGUUUUUAUUUCUUUUGUAAAAUCGGUAUUUAUUCGUCUCGCGUUUAACAACUUGAUCUUAGUUUCGUGUUCACGAGCAACGUUUUAACGGAUUUAAAAUAUGAUUCAGCAGGGUUAGAGCUUCUAGUUCGGAUUUGAAAGGAAUGAAUGCAGUAUAAUAAAAGGAUUUAUUUUCUUUUUAAUCAAACAUGGUUUGCCUUGCGGUGUCACAAUUCUAGCAGCAGUAUUUCUUCAUAUCACUCGAUCGUUCGAGGAACUUCAAACGUAACGUGUGUCGUGUGCUAUAGUGAAUUUAAAACAUGGCAAAUUUCAGGAACUCAACCCUUUGGAUCUUUUUUUUUUUUUUUUUUUUUUGACAAGGGCGCAUUAAAAUCAUUUCCAUCAGCCGUCGUAAGUUUGCGUUCUAGUGAGACUCCCCUCAGACAAUCAGACUAGUCAGAGACUCGGCGUGUACGUGCGGAGACAUUGAUGUGUUUAUGACUUAGUGAAGUGGACUGAGAAACAUCUGCGGUGCUGUACUUCCUUCUGAAUGCCAACUGAGAGGCUGGAUCAUUGCUCAAAACCUGACCGAAAUUAAACGGCAGCGGUCAAAUGAAAGAAAUAGUUCAGCCGAAUAUGAACAUAUGCGGCUUUUCUACUCGGGUCAUCGAGAUGGAAAUGAAUUGGUUUGUUCACGGGAACAGAUUUGAUGAAAUGUACGCGUUGCGUCAUUUUCUCAGCAGUGUAUCGUCUUCAGUGAAUGGGUGCCGUCUGAAUGAGAGUCCAAACAGCUGAUGAAAACAUUACAGUAACCCACUCGGCUACGGACCAUCAGUUAACAUCUUGUGAAGUGAAAAGCUAAUCCAUCGAGACUCCUAACGACUAAAACAUGACAUCCAUAAUGCUGCUUUCUCCAGUGGAAGUCAUCCUGACUGAAUCAGGAGAGAAAUAAGCACAGAUCCGGCACUGUUUAGAGGCAAAAACGGCUCAAAAUGAAUAAUUUCUUAGGAUUGUAGGAUAGUAUAUUGGUUAGAAGUGACGGUUUAAAGUUAAAACACUAACUAAUGGAGCAUGCACGGCUUAUUUCUUCACAAGACAUUAACUAAUAGACCGGAGUGCUGUGGAUUAUUGCGACGCUUUUUUUCAGCUCUUUCUGACGGCACCCAUUCACUGCAGAGGAUCCGCCGAUGAGCAAGUGAUGCAAUGCUACACAAGAAACAAACUCAUCUAAAACUUGGGUGAACUAUUCUAUAAAGCAGUGGGAUUGAUCUGAAAAUGUGUACGUUUGGUAAAUUUUCCUUUAUCAUGCCUUGCACGAAAUAUAAGGAAGAUGUUCUGUGUGUGCGUAUAUAUAUAUAUAUAUAUAUAUAUAUAUAUAUAUAUAUAUAUAUAUAUAUAUAUAUAUAUAUAUAUAUAUAUAUAUAUAUAUAUAUAUAGAAGAUCUCCCUGUGACAUGCGAGGUGCCUCAUCUCAUCCCAGGCACUAUGGCUGCUUUUAUUUGGCAGAAAUUUGUAUAAAAUCCAGCUAAAAGUGAAAGGGUGCAUGUCGUCAGGAUGGCGCGUAGUAGUUUGACUCGAGCUUUAAGGUGUAAACGGAUUACAUGUGGUAUGAAGAGUGUGGGAGAGUGCAUGGCUGAAAGCUGGCCAAGACCAAAUGCACAUAGCAUCACCUCUCCACCGAUGUCACAUGCAGUUUACAGUCGACCCCCAUCAGGACCGUCACUGCAGUCAUCUGCAUCCCAGCAUUCACCUGCAUCUGUCGUCCCUUUACUGUGAACGCACCUGUAUGUACAUAGCAAAGGUCAUAGAGUGGAUUUAACACAAAUAAACAGAUGUUAAAUUAUGUUGUUUAUAUCUAUUAAAUGCUUAAUGGCAACCCGA